AUGUCCAAGGAGAAGCUAAAGUUCAGUAUAGCAGGAAAGGCCGUCGUAUACGAAGGACGACCCGAGAACCGUACGAAGGAUCUGCUCGAUAUUCUCGUCAAGAUGAAAGUUGACGAAUCUGUUGCAGUGCAAGCAUUCCGUGACAACAUUGACAACGCCGAGGUUUUCACCGAUGAAAACAUCCGGCAACAGUUUGCUGAUGCUCAGCGUGCCUACGCGGAAAAAAAGAAAAACAAGAUGUCUGACGCUACGGGUGACCAGCAGCAGAAGCAAAAUGUAAAGGAAAAACCCCAGAAAAUAACGCUGAGUUUCAAUGGGAAACAGUUCUCGUACGAGGGUAUUCCGAGUGAAAAACAGCAUGCUGUAAUUGAGCUUCUUGUCAAACAAGACGCUGCACAGGACGUGGCGGUGGAGACCUUUCGAAAGAACCUUCCGGACUCCACUGCCACAGAAAAUGAAAUAUGGGCAAUGAUUAUCGCAGCGAAGGAGGCGAAGGCGGCACGCAAAGCAGCAAAAAAGAAGGAAACCGCUGGUGAAGUAGACCCGAACUCUCAGUUAGCGACAAAUUCUACAACAGUGGUGUCUCAAGCAAAUGAGCAUCGUCAAGUGCCACCAGUACUACCUGUACAACAACAACAACAAGUAGUAAAUGCGGCUGGUGGUGUUGAGGCAAUUGACGAGUUAACAGGUAUGUCCGUCGAAGAGCGUGAUACCAUCAGCAACUUUAUCAAACAAGUACUUGAACAACCGGAGAUGGAUCUGACGGCGCGACUGCGCGACGACCCAAACGCAUUUCCUUCAAUGAGUUCAACAAUGCGACAGAGUGUUGGCGGUGGGGAGGAUGAAAUGCUUGUCAUGACGGCCCGAACAACAAGGGGAAAAAUCCCCAUAUACUGUCAAGAAGAGAACAACAGUGCAAAUAAAGUUCUGUAUAUUUCACCCAGCACAACAUUUGAGGAAUUCAGUGCAAUGGUAGAGAAGAAAUUUGGUCGAAAGAUGGCCAUGUCAUUCUACGAAGGCGAAGAUGUGAUCGACAUGGACGAUGAUGACGUGUUUUGCAUGUUCCUUGAGAUGAGCCAGGGACAAGCACAGGAAGGGAAGCGUAUGAAACUCAUCUGCGCCCCGCCAGAAUCCCGCAAGAAGGUAUCAGAUGACAAACUGACAGAUAUGAAGGCGGGAGGUGAGUUCAAGACGAAGGCGUUUUCAACCGGCGUACUACAGGUACGUGAAGAGAAGACGUUUACGGCGCACACCUCCGCUGUGUACUGCUGCUCUUUUUCGUCGAAGGGUGACCGUUUCUGCACUGCGAGUCGCGACCGCUCUGUGCGAUUGUGGAACACCGUUACGGGUGGCUGCAGCGUGAUGAAGGGUGGACAUAAUGGCUUUGUGCUCUCAUGCGACUUCUCACCGCGUGGGAACCGCAUCGUCUCCUCGUCCGACGACCGCACGAUAAAGGUAUGGAACACCACAACCUGCUCCAAGGUGUACACACUGAAGGGGCAUGACGACAAGGUGUACUGCGUGCAAUACAACUCCACUGGUGACUACAUUGUUUCCGCCUCGUGCGACCACACGGUGCGGGUGUGGGAUGCCAAUACCGCAUCCAAGAUGGUUACACUGCGGGGCCACACCCUUGCUGUCUUUUCCUGCUGCUUCACUAACACCGAUGGAGGUAAGUACAUCGUUUCCGGUGGCGACGACCGCCUUAUUAAAGUGUGGGACUGGGCGAAGGACGAGGAGUUCCGUUCCCUGAGUGGUCACACCGAUACCGUCUGGUCAUGCAAGUAUUCGCACGAUGAUAGCCGUAUCGUCACGGCAUCUAUGAAUCACGAACUGAAAGUGUGGGACUGGAGAAAUAGCAGCUGUAUCCUUGCAUGGAAGGGUCACCAGGUACCGAUCCACCACGCCAUAUUCUCCACGAAUGAUAAGUACAUAUUUUCCUGCGCCAGAGAUUGGACUGUUAUGGUAUGGAACGCUACUACAGGGGAAUUGGUCGAGACGAUCCCCGGACACCAUAACACUGUGUACCACAUGGAUGUAUUUGGCAACACACUUCUCACCUCAUCCCUCGACGAUACGCUCAAGCUAUGGACAAUAACGGAAAAGUAG